AUGGAGGUUGUGGAAGAACAAAAUCUUCAAACUUCUGUUAACACUAGUGAAAGAGGAAUACCAAAAUCUGGAAAAUGGUGGAAGGAUACCAGUGUACCGAAGGUAUUCAAAAAUCAAAGUAAAUCUAUUAAAACAUCAUGGCAGAAAAAAAUGGAAGAUAAGAAUAAAAAUAAGCAGGUUGCAAUGCUGCAGAAAGAUAUCCGGGAUAAAAAAGCUCAAGAAAAACUAGAUAGAGCUCAGAGAGCUAAAGAACAGGAAGAACGUCGUCUAGCUAAUGAACGUAAGGCCGAAAUAGUUCAAGUAAUCAAGAACACCAAUAAACUGAAGAAAAUUAAAAAGAAACAUCUUCGUACAAUCGAAACACGAGACACAACCAAUCUAUAA